CAGUUGUCUAUCAACAAGCUCAAUCGUAAGAGGGAAACAAAAACACAUAGUUGAUCAAAACUCCACCAACAAUCAACAUUUAACUUGGAAAGUUAUUACAACUUAAAUCAUGAAUCGAGUGAACAAUUUAAUUUCCUACCAGUCGAUUGUAAUUACAAUUAAGCCUUUGUGAUUUUCCAAUCAUCAUCAUCAUAACCAUUGAAAACGAUAAUCUUAAUAAUCUUUAAAAUUUAUCGUAAUGGUCAAUAAUUAAAAGUAAUUGUGUUAAUCAUUAUCAUCAUUAUCAUCACCAUCGUUUAAUUGUUAUGCAAAUUUAAACAUUAAUAGUAAAUAUAUUUUUGCAACAACUUUUUAAUUGUUACAACAAAUUGUUUGUUUUGAGUGUGAGUGUUUAAUUGUGUUAAUUGUGUGUGUGUGUGUGUGUAUGUGGCUAAAUUGAUUGUCAAAAAUAAAUUAUUUUAUUAUCGUACUAAAUUGUUACUAUACUAAACCCAAGGUAAUAAAUAAUAUGUUGAUCAUUGAAUUAAAUUAUCUUAUUAAUGGAUAAUAUUGAUAAUAAUAAUUGUUAAAAACAGUUAAUCAUUUUAAUUGUCUUCCAUUGUAAAUUGGUAAUAAUUAUCAAUCUAAAUAUUACCUUUACGAUUGGCCGAUUGCCUGUCGAUGUUGACCAGGUCAAACCUUGCGAAAUGUCAUCGCAAACUAUCAAAUCAUCAACUAAUAAUCAACAGAACAAUUUUACCAAUCAUCAACUAUCAGCAUCUUUCAUCAACAAUUCAUCACAAUCAAAAGAAAAUCAAAACAAUAAUCAAAUUGAUCAUCUAUUUCAUCAUCCAUUUCAACAAUCUCGGUGGCAAAAUAAUCAACAACACCAACACCAGAGUCUAUGGAAAUCACCAUUACCAAAUCCACCCCAACACAAGACAAUUCACCGGCGUGAACAUUAUCCCCAUUGGAACAAUAAACAAAAUCAAAAUUCACAAUCAAUUGAAACAAUUUCAAUAUUAUCCCUGAUUAAGGAUCAAUACAAUUCUGGUGUCACUCUUUCCACUCGUUUCCACCAUCAACUUGUAACCAAAUUACUUUCACCCACCUUGAGAAAACCAAUGAAUUUCUUAUUAACUAUUCUAAUUCUUAACCUUCUACACCGAGUCCCCUGUACCCUGGCCAUUAACCCGCCGGGUACUCAAGGAAAUAACAAUAAUCUUAUCAAAAAUCUCUACGAUUAUAACUCUAUCAACAAGAACGUCGAUAAUGUUUACAAUAAAGAAGUUACUUUAUCUUCUAGUUCCUUAGGUAAUCUUGAUAAUCUAGAAGAUGAUUUUUCUUCAUCUUUAACCGAUUCUCGGCCGGAUUUAUUAUCUCCAUCAUCAUCUAAAUUACCGGUAACUUCAUCAACACUUUUAUCACAUUCAAAAUCAUAUUUACCAUCAGAGAAAAAACUUGCAUCAUCAACAUCAUCAUCAUCAUUAUCAUCACAAUUAUCACCAUCAUCACCAGUGUCCCCUGGUUCCUAUUACUCAUUUAUAUCAUCACAUCAUCCAACCCAAUUAUCUCAUUAUUUGCAAAUCAACAAACCAAAACAAUCAUCAUCAUCAUCAUCAUCUUCAUCAUCCUUAUACACAACAACACCACAACCAUCAACAUACAAUAAUAAUGAUGCUAAUGAAAUGAACAUUAAAACACCCAAAGAUUUUGAGAGUUUAUUUCAUCGGAUCGCCCGAAGGUCAAGUCGACCCUACGAUGUACCACAAAUUGAAUGCCCUGUAAGUGAAGAUGGUGUUGACCGAUUUGCCUGUCCAACUCCCAAUAAGGAGGGAAGAUAUCGAUGCAUUGAAGAUCAUGAACUUUGUAAUGGUUUCAUUGCUUGUCCUAAUGGUGAAGAUGAGGACAGAAAACUGUGUAUGUUUUAUAAAACGACAAAAGCUCAUCUUGAUGUAUUAGCUGAUGCGAUGCUACGAAUGGUUCGUGGACGAUUUUAAUUGUUGGCUUAAUUGUUACCAAAAUGGAAUCAAUUAACUUUACCAAUGGAUUCCCAAUGGAUAAAAUCAAUAAUAAUGAUGAACAAUUUAAAUGAUUACUAAUUACCAAAUGGGUUCAAUUAAUUAUAUAAAAAAAAAGAAUCAAUAAUCAUAAUAAUUGAAAAGAAAAUCUAAAUUCUAACAAUUAAAACUAAUUACUACUCUACUCUAAUCAAAUUUACAACCAAGAACGAUUCCUAAAAAAAAGUGUGAUAAUCAACUCUAAACAAUUAAAUCAAUCAUCAAUGUGUGUAUGAUAACAAUUAACAGAUCAAGUUAAUUGUUAAGAUAAUGUAUUUAAGGUUAUAUAUAUUAAAAGAAAACAACACCAAUUAACAA